CAACUGUAUACUUCGUAUCGCACCCUGCACGUCAUACGGCUUCGGUAGCUCCUGUCUACUGUGAGGGAUGUUCUUGCCUUCAAAGCACCCCUUCGCAUGCCAAUUUGGAUAUCAUCAUUAGCAUCAACUAAAAGGAAGUCACAAUGGGUGCAUUAAUUCCGGUGGCUGUACGGGCAGCUGCCCCCCUCGAUUUCCAUCCAGUCGCUCAAUAUCCUACUCUUGAUUUCCUACCUUGAAGCUCAAAAUCCAGGCAGCUGGAAUUACCAAGGACACUGCCACAAAUCAUGGAUCUGUCCUUGAAUGAUACCCUCGAGACUUUGGACUAUAUCAUACCUUCCAAAGAAACACAAGAUCCCGCGACAACUGUCUACCGGUUCCACAACUCUAUAAGCACGCUCGUUCCGGAGAGCACUCGCCAGCAGAAGAGAAGAGAAUCAGGAAAAGCCACAGAUUCGGGCGAUCAAGAUGGACAAGCAGAUCGCUUCUCAAACGCAAAUCUACCCAACGCCAUCGCAAACUCGCUUUCGACAACAAGACCCCUGGCCAUCACCAGCAGAUCACCAUCUCUCUUCAGCGGCAAACCCUCGAUCGCCGCAGCCACAGUCCUGGGCAUUAUCACCUUUGCUGCACUUGCCUUCCUUGCCCUAUGGUAUAUCCGACACAGACGAAGACGCCGACAACACAAACUGCUGACCCAAAACCAGGACUUUGGCCAGUCCGAAAUAACCCUCGGCGAAGACACGAGCAAAACCUUGGAUGAUUUCCUCAUGAAGGACGUCCCGCACGCACGAACCUCGCUCAUGUUCAGUCGCAGCCGCUCGCCCUCCAUCACGUUCGUCGUUGACGAGGCGGAGCGUCCAGGCCCGAACAAACAGGGCCGAAAUGGCUACGCCCCGUCGAGCAAUAGCCUGACCAAACUUGAGACGUUGACUCGUAUUUCGACGGAUGGGCCACGGCCCAGUCUGCUUUCGUCGGAGCUGACGACUACCCCAACCUCGCAGAGCACGUCGGCCAACUCCUCAUCCAAGCCGGCGUCUCCCGACUCUACUACACCACGAGCGUCAAUGUCCUCGUCGCAGCUAUGGACAACGAUCACCAGCUCAACAGAUUGUCACUCAACGAUUACCCCGGACCCUCCGUCAACUGCACCGCCGACAACCCGGUCAUCCCAGGUAUGGACCUCAACUACCAGUUCAACCGAGACUGGCUCGAUGACCAGUCGCGAGAAUCAGUCUCGUCUGUCAAACAACUCGCGGGCUUCGAGUCGUUUGUCUGCGCAGGGACCACUGCAUGGUAGUGCUCGGUUGAGCAAUGUUGGGAGUACGAGCUUGAGACGGUAUCAUGCUCGCUCGGGGAGUCGCUCUUCGCAGAAUACCGUUGUUUUGUCUCCGACUACUUUGUCUCCGACUACUUUGUCUCCGACUACUUUGUCUCCGACUACUUUGUCUCCGACUAUUUUGUCUCCGACUAUUUUGUCUCCGACUCCUGAGUCGGGGUCUAGCGGUUCAGGCCAGCUGCCUUCUAUUCCAUCGACUCCAUCGCCGUUGUUCCGCUCUUCCGAGGAAGCGGGUUGA